UAUUAUAGACGUGAAGACGGAUCUAAAAUGUGUAUUGAAAAACUAGAGAAUGGAGAAUAUCAUACAGACAAGGAUGGAUUUGAGAAUUUUCAAACGAAAGUUAAAGACCUGAAAAGGUAUCCCAGAAAUGGCGGAACCAAUUUAGAAGAUUACAAAGAACUUGCUCAAUACAAAAUUAAAGAAUCGUAUAAGUCACUUUAUGAAGAACCAGCUUAUCUGCAGUGGUCUACCGUCGAUAAAAGCUGUGCAAAAGCUUAUUUUUGUCAUCUGGCAAACCAUGUUCUAAACCCAGAAAAGAUGUUGCCAGUUCUAACUUGGUGUGAGAUUCAUGGGAAUGGAACAUAUGAUGCGUUUGAAUUUCUAAGGAAAAGGGAUAAUAUUUAUAAAAAAUAUUUUAGACGUAUAGCAAAAGAUACAGGUUUCGAGAGAAAAAAGCAGACACUUAUUUAUCGUACUAUGGAUGUUUGUAAUAAAGAAAUACCAAAAAAAUUACGUAAUACACGUAAGUAUACCAAAUAAAACAUUGGAAAUGUAUGUCAUAAAAUGUGUAAC